GCGGCGGCGGCCGAGGCCGAGCGGAGCGGCGGCCGGGCCGGGCCGAGCGCGCCGAGCGAGCGGGAGCGGGAGCGGCGGGAGGAGCAGCCGCCGCCGCCGCCAAGAUGGCGGACCUGGAGGCGGUGCUGGCCGACGUGAGCUACCUGAUGGCCAUGGAGAAGAGCAAGGCCACGCCGGCCGCGCGCGCCAGCAAGAAGAUCCUGCUGCCCGAGCCCAGCAUCCGCAGCGUCAUGCAGAAGUAUCUGGAGGACCGCACCGAGGUAACCUUCGAGAAGAUCUUCUCACAGAAGCUGGGGUACCUGCUCUUCAGGGAUUUCUGCCUGCACCACCUGGAGGAGGCCAAGCCCUUGGUGGAGUUCUACGAGGAGAUCAAGAAAUACGAGAAGCUGGAGACCGAGGAGGAGCGCUGGGUGCGCAGCCGGGAGAUCUUCGACUCGUACAUCAUGAAGGAGCUGCUGGCCUGCUCGCACCCCUUCUCAAAAAGUGCCACGGAGCACGUCCAGGGCCACCUGGUGAAGAAGCUGGUGCCUCCAGAUCUCUUCCAGCCCUACAUCGAAGAGAUUUGUCACAACCUCCAAGGGGAUGUGUUCCAGAAGUUCAUUGAGAGUGAUAAAUUCACCCGGUUUUGCCAGUGGAAGAACGUGGAGCUCAACAUCCACCUGACCAUGAAUGACUUCAGCGUGCACCGCAUCAUUGGGCGCGGGGGCUUCGGGGAGGUCUACGGGUGCCGGAAGGCCGACACAGGCAAGAUGUACGCCAUGAAGUGUCUGGACAAGAAGCGCAUCAAGAUGAAGCAGGGGGAGACCCUGGCCCUGAACGAGCGCAUCAUGCUGUCCCUCGUCAGCACCGGGGACUGCCCGUUCAUCGUCUGCAUGUCCUACGCCUUCCACACGCCCGACAAGCUCAGCUUCAUCCUGGAUCUCAUGAACGGCGGGGACCUGCACUACCACCUGUCCCAGCACGGGGUCUUCUCCGAGGCCGACAUGCGCUUCUACGCCGCGGAAAUCAUCCUGGGCUUGGAGCACAUGCACAACCGCUUCGUAGUCUACCGGGACCUGAAGCCGGCCAACAUCCUGCUGGACGAGCACGGCCACGUGCGGAUCUCGGACCUGGGCCUGGCCUGCGACUUCUCCAAGAAGAAGCCCCACGCUAGCGUGGGCACACACGGGUACAUGGCCCCCGAGGUCCUGCAGAAGGGCGUGGCCUACGACAGCAGCGCCGACUGGUUCUCCCUGGGCUGCAUGCUCUUCAAGCUGCUCCGGGGGCACAGCCCCUUCCGGCAGCACAAGACCAAAGACAAGCACGAGAUCGACCGCAUGACGUUGACCAUGGCCGUGGAGCUGCCCGACUCCUUCUCCCCCGAGCUGCGCUCCUUGCUGGAGGGUCUGCUGCAGAGGGAGGUCAGCCGGAGACUGGGCUGCCUGGGCCGAGGGGCUCAGGAGGUAAAGGAGAGCCCCUUCUUCCGCUCCCUGGACUGGCAGAUGGUGUUCCUGCAGAAGUACCCUCCCCCGCUGAUCCCCCCACGAGGGGAGGUGAAUGCGGCCGACGCCUUUGACAUUGGCUCCUUCGAUGAGGAGGACACAAAAGGGAUCAAGUUGCUGGACAGCGACCAGGAGCUCUACCGCAACUUCCCUCUCACCAUCUCGGAGCGGUGGCAGCAGGAGGUGGCAGAGACCGUCUUUGACACCGUCAACGCCGAGACAGACCGGCUGGAGGCCCGCAAGAAAGCCAAGAACAAGCAGCUGGGCCACGAGGACGACUACGCCUCGGGCAAGGACUGCAUCAUGCACGGCUACAUGUCCAAGCUGGGCAACCCCUUCCUGACCCAGUGGCAGCGGCGGUACUUCUACCUGUUCCCCAACAGGUUGGAGUGGCGGGGCGAGGGCGAGGCCCCGAGCCUGCUGACCAUGGAGGAGAUCCAGGCCGUGGAGGAGACGCAGAUCAAGGAGCGUAAGUGUCUCCUGCUCAAGAUCCGCGGCGGGAAGCAGUUCGUCCUGCAGUGCGACAGCGACCCCGAGCUGGUGCAGUGGAAGAAGGAGCUGCGGGACGCCUACCGCGAGGCGCAGCAGCUGGUCCAGCGGGUACCCAAAAUGAAGAACAAGCCGCGCUCGCCCGUGGUGGAGCUCAGCAAGGUGCCGCUGAUCCAGCGCGGCAGCGCCAACGGCCUCUGACCCGCCCGCCCACCUUUUAUAAACCUCUAAUUUAUUUUGUCGAAUUUUUAUUAUUUGUUUUCCCGCAAAGCGGAAAAAGGUUUUAUUUUGUAAUUAUCGUGAUUCCCUGUGGCCCCCCCACUGCCUGGCCCAGCACCCCCCCCCCCCGGGGAGGGUCCCGCUUGCCUCGGCUCCUGCUGCCACCAAGCCAGCCCCUGCCCGCCACCCCCCUGCCCUGACCCCCAGCGUCUUCCUGGGGAGGGGAGAGCAGUGGCCCCUGGUGGCGAUGCCCCAGGAGCCGGGCCACCUCAGUCAGCCUCCGGGGGCUGAGCUCUGCGCCCAUGGGCUCAGCGGGGCGGCCGCAGCCCCGUCCCAGGGGAGGGCCCGGAACAGGGAUGCUACUGGAAUCUUCCUGCCGUGGCCCCUCCCGGCGCGCCCUCAGCAGCCCCUGAGCUCUGGACGACACCGCCCUGCCCUCUUGCCAGUUGGGGAGGAGAAGGCCUGGGGCUCCCUCGCCCCCCGAGGCUUCCCAGAGACUUGGGCUCCUUGGCUCCGGUCCCCCCACCCCACCUCCGUUCCCCCCUGCCUUGGACACCGUGGGGCUCGGCCGGGAGCCCCCCACCCCCAGCCCUCCCACCCUGAGGCCCAGUGCAGGGACCACAGAAGGGUGAUUGCAGAUUGUGCCAAACUGGCCUGGCCUGGUCCCCAGGUGCCCCCCACAGGACCACCGGGGGGCCAGCCCAGGGCGGCCAGGGGGCAGCAGUUGCCCUGCUCUGUCAGCGUGCCCCUCCCAGGCUAUCUGUCCCUAUCCCCCCACCCCCGUCAGUGCCACGGCCCACAGGGCGCCCCUCGCCGCAUGCCCCCUCGUGCCAGUCGCGCUGCCGUGCGUGGCGUCGCGCCCUCUCCCCCGGGGCUGGGUUGGCGCGCCCUCCCCCUCCCAUCUUCUCACUCCCCAGUGCGUUUCUUUGCCGAAUUUUGAAUGUGAUUUUAAAGAGUGGAAAAUGAGACUAUGCGUUUUUAUAAAAAAUGGUGCCUGA